CAUCAGUGCACGAAAUGUCGUGGGCCAUGCAUCCCGGACGACGGGUUUACCCGUCCGAUGGCGACGAUUCGCUCGAUUCUGACGAUGACGAUGAUGAUGACCUGUUAGUGGCGCCCAAGCGAAGGCGAAAGCCGAGUCAGCCGCGAAAGCCGAGCGUCGCGGCGGUACUCGAGUCGAGGCGAGACGAGCUCCUGCUAACGACGUGUCCCGCGUCUCUGCUGCAUGCUCCCAAUGAGGGAGAGGAUGCUGCUGCUGCUGCUCUUGCGACGACUGCUGGCAAAAAAGGCAAAAAAGCAUCGUCCCAGCGCCCUCCGAGUGAGCCGCGAUCUUCUGCUUCGACUGCCAGCGCCGCGACGACCACAGCGGUGGCGGCGACUACAACUGCUACGCCCGUUCCAAGUCUGCCACACGAAGUCCUGUUCUUGAUUCUGCAGAGCGCAGUGUCGCGGUUUGGCGCAGUGCCGCUGUUGUGUCGCACGAGUCGCGUCAGUCGCCUGUGGAACGCUGUGAGCUCGGAUCCACUGCUCUGGCGCAGCGUCGAUCUGUCCAACUGUGCCGAUCGCUUGUCGCUGCAGCGGUGGCAGUCUCUCGCCGCCAUGCACCGGUGGACGCGUCUCGAGCAAAUCUCACUGGCCAACAACGCGUGGCUGGUCGAUUCAGCGCUUGCCAACUUGGUUGCUGCUUGCCCAACCCUGACGGCUGUCGACGUUGCUGGCUGCUGGCGAAUCUCCCCGGUGGGACUGCGAUCGCUCUUGGGCUUGCCCAAGCUCACGAGUUUUACCGCGCGCGGAGGAGAGCCUCCUCUGGGUCUGUAUGCGAGCGGUUCUUCACGCCGAGAUGGAGGGUCAUCGCAAAACGCGGAGGACGCGGCACCGUGGCGCCGGACGGAUCCCCUCACACCUGCGUUUCUUUCCGAAUUGGCAACCACGCACCCAGAACUCAAAGAGCUCAGCAUCAGCUUUGCACAUCUCGAAGGAAUCAGCUCGUUUGAAAGCCUGCGCUUGCUGACAAGCCUCAAUCUUUGCUUCGUGAAAGGGUACGUUCACGCGGUGGAGCUCGUCAGGUGCUUCCCAAACCUGGAAAGCCUCUUCCUCGCAGAGCUCGGGGAGCACCUGCCGUAUCCCGCCCUUCUCCUUCAGGACCGACGUCGUGCCACCCCACAGCCAGGAUUGACCCAUCUUCGACACUUUAUCUGCACUUCACAGAACCCCGACUUUGCGCAAAGCGUGAGAACGGAUGUGUCGACAUCGGUCAUGGGCCUGAUUACCCCGAGUCUUUCGCUCGAGACACUCAAUCUGGAAGGAAUGUGCGGCACCCAAGCGCUGGCGUUUCACGAAAUUCUUGCGACUCGUCCCAUCUGGCGCCUCAAUCUUUCCAACACCCGCGCAACCCUGAAUGCCACCGCUCUGAAGCGACUCAAGAUUGCCUUCGUGCUGCCGGAGAUGCGACGACAGAGCACAUACCGCGUCCUCAAAGCUUGGGUCACCAACCUGAAGGAGUUGUAUCUGGAUCGCUGCUCAUGGGCGGAUGGCUCGCUUUUGGAUGUGAUGGUCAAGAUUGCGCGAGAAGAGACCAACAAGAUGCCACUCCGGAUUCUGAGCCUGGUGGGGUCCCGUCCGACUGCAAAGCCUUUGGCGCGGUUGAUUGGCGUUGCCCCUUACCUUGUAGUUGUGGACUUGACAUCUUGCCGUGGCAUUCCGCGAGGAUUCAAGCGUCGCUUCAAAGGUCGGGCAGCCAUCCUGGAGCUUCAAGCCGAACUCGACCGAAUCGGCUACGAAUCUGACAGCGCAUCUGGCAGCGAAGAUUCGUCGUCGCACUGAUUGCCUUUUUUAGCAGGGUUUUCUGAGCAAAAGAGAAGAAUCGGUUUGCUGGUGGCUUGAUACAGUACAAUCAAUGCAUGGAGGGUAUACUUGUGUUGGAAUGACUGCUUUGUUUUGUUUUGUUUGUUUGUUGAACGCUGCCGCUUGUUUGGACCGAAUACAAAACGCCUUUUCCGGGUUGAAAAAUCACAUUGUUGUACAAUAAUAAAUAACAAAAUCACCAAA